GGGGACUGCGCUGGGCCAGCUGGGACCAGGUUGUUUCCCGUCCCCCCAGGGCGCCUGCUGACCGGUGACUGUCAGAAGAACAUCCACCUCUGGACGCCCACGGACGGCGGCUCCUGGCAUGUAGACCAGCGGCCAUUCGUGGGCCACACACGCUCCGUGGAGGACUUGCAGUGGUCCCCGACCGAGGACACGGUAUUCGGCUCCUGCUCAGCUGACGCCUCCAUUCGCAUCUGGGACAUCCGGGCCGCCCCCAGCAAGGCCUGCAUGCUCACCACUGCCGCCGCCCACGAUGGGGACGUCAACGUCAUCAACUGGAGCCGCCGGGAGCCCUUCCUGCUCAGCGGCGGGGAUGACGGGGCCCUUAAGGUGUGGGACCUGCGGCAGUUCAAGUCUGGCUCCCCGGUGGCCACUUUCAAGCAGCACGUGGCCCCCGUGACCUCCGUCGAGUGGCACCCCCAGGACAGUGGGGUCUUCGCAGCCUCGGGUGCAGACAACCAGAUCACACAGUGGGACCUGGCGGUGGAGCGGGACCCCGAGGCGGGCGACGCGGAGGCCGACCCUGGGCUGGCGGACCUCCCCCAGCAGCUGCUGUUUGUGCACCAGGGCGAGACUGACCUGAAGGAGCUGCACUGGCACCCGCAGUGCCCGGGGGUCCUGGUCAGCACCGCCCUGUCCGGCUUCACCGUCUUCCGCACCAUCAGCGUCUGAGCCGGCCUGGACCCGCAGUGCCCCGGGGUCCUGGUCAGCACCGCCCUGUCCGGCUUCACCGUCUUCCGCACCAUCAGCGUCUGAGCCGGCCUGGGAGCUGGCGUUGAGGCUGGUUUCCUGGAAGGGACUCGGUCAGCUCUGCGGACCGGCCCUCCUCCAAAGGACUUCGCUCGGCCCAUUGGCCCCCAGGAUGGAUUCUGCUUGACUUGCUGUUCUUUAAAGGGCCUUGGUUCGGUCUGAGGACCCCUCCAGCGAAGGACUUGGUUUGAUCCAUGGCGCUCUGAGACAGCGUCGCCAGCCUUCAGCACCACCGGUUGGCGACCACUGCUCUCAAACCACUGGGUUUGGCUCCAGCGGCCCCACCCGCCCAGAGACGUGGUUCAGCCCAGUGACUCACCCCCACCCUUCAGGGGACGCUGUUGGCCCAUUUCGAAGGUGGGCCUGGGGUGGCCCCAGUUACUAGGGAUGUUUUGUCAGCUGAGGCCCUUGGCUUGACCCUUUGACCUCAGGGAACUCAAGUGCUUUGCAAUGACUGGACCGAGUUUGAGGGGUGGGUCCCCCCGGAGGAUUAGGUUUUGCCAGGACUCCCCAGUGGGGGCUGCGUGGGCUUUCUCUCCUCUGUGCUGAAGGCAGGCACUGUGGAGGAGGAAAGUUGGGGGGGGGGGGGUCCUAAAAGCCAAUAAAGGAGGGAAUAGGCCUGAUGUA